UGCUUGCCUGCCCUGGAGCAGGAAGAGGGCGGGUCCUAGCUGGGCUUCAAGUUCUGCCGGCAGGCUCCUGCCUCACCAGUCCGACUGCCAUGCCGUACCUUGCCAUGGGCCCGUGGCUCCUGCUCGCCGCAGCCUGCAGCUUUGGGGCAGCCAUGGGGGAGCCUCGUGGGGCGUGUAACUCCCCUCCCCACCAGUGGUGCCGUUCCAGAGAGCUUGCCCGGGCCUGCCAGGUGGAGCAGCUCUGUGCCCAGAAGGCAGCCCCCCAGAAAUUCCCACCGGUCUCCGUGGAGCUGUACUACGAGAGCCUGUGCCCGGCCUGUCGUGGAUUCCUCUCCCUCCAGCUCUUCCCCACCUGGGUCAUGCUGAAUGAAAUCCUGAAUGUCACACUUGUGCCUUACGGCAACGCCCAGGAGACGAAGACGGAAGGCAAGUGGCACUUUGACUGCCAGCACGGGGAAGAGGAGUGCCAGGGGAACAUGAUGGAGGCCUGCCUCAUCCACCUGCUGGAGGACGUCAAUCUUUUCUUCCCAGUCAUCUUCUGCAUGGAGUCAGGCAGCCAAGUUGUGGGGAACCUGUUGCCGUGCCUGAAGGUUUAUGCUCCUGAGCUGUCUAUGGACAACGUCACGGCCUGUGUGAAAGGAGACCUCGGCAACCAACUGAUGCAUCAGAAUGCGCAGCGCACCGAGGCCCUGAAACCACAGCACCAGUAUGUGCCCUGGAUCGUCAUCAAUGGGGAGCACACGGAAAAACUGCAGGCUGUGGCCAUGGAGGCCCUCUUCACGCUGGUCUGCACCUUAUACAAGGGGGAGCUGCCUUCAGCCUGCCAGGAAAAACUCCUAGCCUCGCCUUCUCCAUCCCCACAAAAUACCUGCCUGAGGUAUUAAAUUCAGGCCAGGCCUUCUCCCACUCGCCAGACCCCUGGAGCCACAGCUCCCGCCUGAAGCAGACCAGAAGCAAGAACCUUUCCCUCCCUGCCCACCACUGCCUGCUGCGCCUCCGGAAAACCAGUCGCCACCCGCGGUGUUGCACAAGCCAAGCAGUGGCUGUCUGCCCCUCUGCCUACAACCCUGCAGAAGAAAAGGGGGCUGCUGCGGACGGAAGGGCUUUCCCUUCUCCCACACUGCUGCUGCUUGAGCAGACCUGCAGAGUUGGUGCUUGGGGGGGGUGUAGGACCAUACAGCUGAAAUGGUGUCUGCUUGCUACUGUGACUCCUAAAGGCGUGGGAGUGUCACGAGCCCAGUCACCCAGACCCUGUAAUGUCUGGAAAAGACAGACGCUCUCACAUCAGUUACAUUGAGACAAGAUAUUUCGGGAACUUGCUAAGCUACUGUGGAUUUUUUCGCAUGCUAAGCAGAAUAUUUUACAUGUUUCCUGUGAGAAUCUUUGUGUGCCUAUGUCUUAAGCUGAGACCUGAACGCUGUAUAAUAAAGGCCGCUUGCUUUGCAAGCUGAGCAUUUUCUCCUCAA